AAUCGUUUUGUUCAUUUGACGCGAGAAAUGUUAACGAAAUUUCUAAUCCUGUUUAUCAGUUGUGUGGCCUUUGACGUGGCCUUGGCUUGUAAUGGCUACAAGGCUAAGAUCGCCAAAUUGGAAAACUGUGCUGGUGAUGAUGCCAUUAUUACCAUUGAGGAUGGCUUCGAUGUCAAGUUGAACAAGAAGUGUGAGCUGGUACCAACAGGUUGCUUCAACAACAAGGCUUUUGCGACGGCUGUGGCUAAGUUCAAGGUUCAUAAGGACGGCCUUGUCAUGAAAGAGGGAAAGAUGGACCUCUGUGCUGCAGCAGAUCAGGCAUCCACUGAGGCCAAGGACAUGCUGAAGCUAUUCGGUGCACCCUCUAGUUGUCCAGUUGCCGAGGAAAAGAUCUGCACCAACGAUCAUAGAGUGGAUAUGUCCAAGUACAAAUCAAUGCUGGGCAUGGCACGUGGUCAUCUCAUCAUCGAGAGCGAAAUUAAGCACGAUACUGGCAAGUCCUGUUUCCGUGUCGAAAUCGAUAUAACCAAAAAUUAGACAUUCAGAUGAUCCGAUUUUACAUUAUGAGUCUUGCAAAUUAGCUGUAUGCUUUCGUCGUAAUAAAUGGUGUUUUUAGAGUGCACAGAA